UAUUAUGUAGUUACGAGUGCAGACUCUGGAGAAUAUUGUGUUUGACUACAUGUAGUUGGUGAGUUUGAUCGAACCUCUCAAUGCCUCAUUUCUCAGCUGAAAAUAGGAGUAGUAAUAAUCAAGUUCAGAUAUUUCUAUGUGCUUACUUACAUAAGUUUUUGAGACAAAUCCACUUAAUAAAUGGUAGUUAUAGUGAUGAUAAAGAAUUGGGAUGUAUAAAAAUACACAAAACUCAAAAGCUAACCGAUUUAAGUGUUGUACUACUGUACUUUAUGGUAGUAAGUAGAAGUCUGUUGCUUAAAAAAGAAGUUUCUUUGGUGAUGUGUGUCUGUAGUCCCAGCUACUUCGGAGGCUGAGGUGGGAGAACCACUUGAACCCGGGAGAUUAAGGCUACAGUGAGCUAUGAUUGCGCCACUGCACUCCAGCCUAGGUGACAGAGCCAGACUCCGUCUCAAAAACAAAACAAACAAACAAAAAACCCUGCGUCAAUUAGCAAGGUAAAAGUAACAGAACCAUGGCUCAGUUUCCAACACCUUUUGGUGGCAGCCUGGAUGUCUGGGCCAUAACUGUAGAGGAAAGAGCGAAGCAUGAUCAGCAGUUCCAUAGUUUAAAGCCAAUAUCUGGAUUUAUUACUGGUGAUCAAGCUAGAAACUUUUUUUUUCAAUCUGGGUUACCUCAGCCUGUUUUAGCACAGAUAUGGGCACUAGCUGACAUGAAUAACGAUGGAAGAAUGGAUCAAGUGGAGUUUUCCAUAGCUAUGAAACUUAUCAAACUCAAGCUACAAGGAUAUCAGCUACCCUCUACACUUCCCCCUGUCAUGAAACAGCAACCAGUUGCUAUUUCUAGUGCACCAGCAUUUGGUAUGGGAGGUAUUGCCAGCAUGCCACCGCUUACAGCUGUUGCUCCAGUGCCAAUGGGAUCCAUUCCAGUUGUCGGAAUGUCUCCACCCCUAGUAUCUUCUGUUCCUACAGCAGCUGUGCCCCCGCUGGCUAACGGGGCUCCCCCUGUUAUACAACCUCUGCCUGCAUUUGCUCAUCCUGCAGCCACAUUGCCAAAGAGUUCUUCCUUUAGUAGAUCUGGUCCAGGGUCACAACUAAACACUAAAUUACAAAAGGCACAGUCAUUUGAUGUGGCCAGUGUCCCUCCAGUGGCAGAAUGGGCUGUUCCUCAGUCAUCAAGACUUAAAUAUAGGCAGUUAUUCAAUAGUCAUGACAAAACUAUGAGUGGACACUUAACAGGUCCCCAAGCAAGAACUAUUCUUAUGCAAUCAAGUUUACCACAGGCUCAGCUGGCUUCAAUAUGGAAUCUUUCUGACAUUGAUCAAGAUGGAAAACUUACAGCAGAAGAAUUUAUCCUGGCUAUGCACCUCAUUGAUGUAGCUAUGUCUGGCCAACCACUGCCACCCGUCCUGCCUCCAGAAUACAUUCCACCUUCCUUUAGAAGAGUUCGAUCUGGCAGUGGUAUAUCUGUCGUAAGCUCAACAUCCGUAGAUCAGAGGCUACCAGAGGAACCAGUUUUAGAAGAUGAACAGCAACAAUUAGAAAAGAAAUUACCUGUAACGUUUGAAGAUAAGAAGCGGGAGAACUUUGAACGUGGCAACCUGGAACUGGAGAAACGAAGACAAGCUCUCCUGGAGCAGCAGCGCAAAGAGCAGGAGCGCCUGGCUCAGCUGGAGCGGGCAGAGCAGGAGAGGAAAGAACGUGAGCGCCAGGAGCAAGAGCGCAAAAGACAACUGGAGCUGGAGAAGCAACUGGAAAAGCAGCGGGAGCUAGAAAGGCAGAGAGAAGAGGAGAGGAGGAAGGAAAUUGAGAGGCGAGAGGCUGCAAAACGGGAACUUGAAAGGCAACGACAACUUGAGUGGGAACGGAAUCGAAGGCAAGAACUACUAAAUCAAAGAAACAAAGAACAAGAGGACAUAGUUGUACUGAAAGCAAAGAAAAAGACUUUGGAAUUUGAACUAGAAGCUCUAAAUGAUAAAAAGCAUCAACUAGAAGGGAAACUUCAAGAUAUCAGAUGUCGAUUGACCGCCCAGAGGCAAGAAAUUGAGAGCACAAACAAAUCUAGAGAGUUGAGAAUUGCUGAAAUCACCCAUCUACAGCAACAACUACAGGAAUCUCAGCAAAUGCUUGGAAGACUAAUUCCAGAAAAACAGAUACUCAAUGACCAGUUAAAACAAGUUCAGCAGAACAGUUUGCACAGAGAUUCACUUGUUACACUUAAAAGAGCCUUAGAAGCAAAAGAAAUAGCUCGACAGCAGCUACGAGACCAACUGGAUGAAGUGGAGAAAGAAACUAGAUCAAAACUACAGGAGAUUGAUAUUUUCAAUAAUCAGCUGAAGGAACUAAGAGAAAUACAUAGUAAGCAGCAACUCCAGAAGCAAAAGUCCCUGGAGGCGGAACGACUGAAACAGAAAGAACAAGAGAGAAAGAUCGUAGAAUUAGAAAAACAAAAAGAAGAAGCCCAAAGACGAGCUCAGGAAAGGGACAAGCAGUGGCUGGAGCAUGUGCAGCAGGAGGAUGAGCAUCAGCGACCAAGAAAACUCCACGAGGAAGAAAAACUGAAAAGGGAAGAGAGUGUCAAAAAGAAGGAUGAUGAGGAAAAAUGCAAACAGGAGGCACAAGACAAGCUGGGUCGGCUUUUCCAUCAGCAUCAAGAACCAGCUAAGCCAGCUGUCCAGGCACCCUGGUCCACUGCAGAAAAAGGUCCACUUACCAUUUCUGCACAGGAAAAUGUAAAAGUGGUAUAUUACCGAGCACUGUACCCCUUUGAAUCCAGAAGCCAUGAUGAAAUCACUAUCCAGCCAGGAGACAUAGUCAUGGUUAAAGGGGAAUGGGUGGAUGAAAGCCAAACUGGAGAACCCGGAUGGCUUGGAGGAGAAUUAAAAGGAAAGACAGGAUGGUUCCCUGCAAACUAUGCAGAGAAAAUCCCAGAAAAUGAGGUUCCUGCUCCAGUGAAACCAGUGACUGAUUCAGUAUCUGCCCCUGCCCCCAAACUGGCCUUGCGUGAGACCCCUGCCCCUUUGGCAGUAACCUCUUCAGAACCCUCCACGACCCCCAAUAACUGGGCCGACUUCAGCUCCACGUGGCCCACCAGCACGAAUGAGAAACCAGAAACGGAUAACUGGGAUGCAUGGGCAGCCCAGCCCUCUCUCACUGUUCCAAGUGCCGGCCAGUUAAGGCAGAGGUCCGCCUUUACUCCAGCCACAGCCACUGGUUCCUCCCCAUCUCCUGUACUAGGCCAGGGUGAAAAGGUGGAGGGUCUGCAAGCUCAAGCCCUGUAUCCGUGGAGAGCCAAAAAAGACAACCAUUUAAAUUUUAACAAAAAUGAUGUCAUCACCGUCCUGGAACAACAAGACAUGUGGUGGUUUGGAGAAGUUCAAGGUCAGAAGGGUUGGUUCCCCAAGUCUUACGUGAAACUCAUUUCAGGGCCCAUAAGGAAAUCUACAAGCAUGGAGUCUGGUUCCUCCGAGAGUCCUGCUAGUCUAAAGCGAGUAGCCUCUCCAGCAGCCAAGCCGGCCGUUUCGGGAGAAGAAUUUAUUGCCAUGUACACUUACGAGAGUUCUGAGCAAGGAGAUUUAACCUUUCAGCAAGGGGAUGUGAUUUUGGUUACCAAGAAAGAUGGUGACUGGUGGACAGGAACAGUGGGCGACAAGUCCGGAGUCUUCCCUUCUAACUAUGUGAGGCUUAAAGAUUCAGAGGGCUCUGGAACUGCUGGGAAAACAGGGAGUUUAGGAAAAAAACCUGAAAUUGCCCAGGUUAUUGCCUCAUACACCGCCACCGGCCCCGAGCAGCUCACUCUUGCCCCUGGUCAGCUGAUUUUGAUCCGAAAAAAGAACCCAGGUGGAUGGUGGGAAGGAGAGCUGCAAGCCCGUGGGAAAAAGCGCCAAAUAGGCUGGUUCCCAGCUAAUUAUGUAAAACUUCUAAGCCCUGGGACGAGCAAAAUCACUCCAACGGAGCCACCUAAGUCAACAGCAUUAGCAGCAGUGUGCCAGGUGAUUGGGAUGUAUGACUACAUCGCACAGAAUGACGACGAGCUGGCCUUCAACAAGGGCCAGAUCAUCAAUGUCCUCAACAAGGAGGACCCCGACUGGUGGAAAGGAGAAGUCAAUGGACAAGUGGGACUCUUCCCAUCCAAUUAUGUGAAGCUGACCACAGACAUGGACCCAAGCCAGCAAUGGUGUUCAGACUUACAUCUCUUGGAUAUGUUGACCCCAACUGAAAGAAAACGACAAGGGUACAUCCACGAGCUCAUUGUCACGGAGGAGAACUAUGUGAAUGACCUGCAGCUGGUCACAGAGAUCUUUCAAAAACCCCUGAUGGAGUCUGAGCUGCUGACAGAAAAAGAGGUUGCUAUGAUUUUUGUGAACUGGAAGGAGCUGAUUAUGUGUAAUAUCAAACUACUGAAAGCGCUGAGAGUCCGCAAGAAGAUGUCCGGGGAGAAGAUGCCCGUGAAGAUGAUUGGUGACAUCCUGAGCGCCCAGCUGCCGCACAUGCAGCCCUACAUCCGCUUCUGCAGCCGCCAGCUCAACGGGGCUGCCCUGAUCCAGCAGAAGACAGACGAGGCCCCAGACUUCAAGGAGUUUGUCAAAAGACUGGCAAUGGACCCUCGGUGUAAAGGGAUGCCACUCUCUAGUUUUAUACUGAAGCCUAUGCAACGGGUAACAAGAUACCCACUGAUCAUUAAAAAUAUCCUGGAGAACACCCCUGAAAACCACCCGGACCACAGCCACUUGAAGCACGCCCUGGAGAAGGCGGAAGAGCUCUGCUCCCAGGUGAACGAAGGGGUGCGGGAGAAGGAGAACUCCGACCGGCUGGAGUGGAUCCAGGCCCAUGUGCAGUGUGAAGGCCUGUCUGAGCAACUUGUGUUCAAUUCUGUGACCAAUUGCUUGGGGCCACGCAAAUUUCUGCACAGUGGGAAGCUCUACAAGGCCAAGAGCAACAAGGAGCUGUACGGUUUCCUUUUCAACGACUUCCUCCUGCUGACUCAGAUCACCAAGCCCUUGGGGUCAUCUGGCACCGACAAAGUCUUCAGCCCCAAAUCAAACCUGCAGUAUAAAAUGUACAAAACACCUAUUUUUCUAAAUGAGGUUCUAGUAAAAUUACCCACGGAUCCUUCUGGAGAUGAGCCCAUCUUCCACAUUUCCCACAUUGACCGAGUCUAUACCCUCCGGGCAGAAAGCAUAAAUGAAAGGACUGCCUGGGUGCAGAAAAUCAAAGCUGCUUCUGAACUCUACAUAGAGACUGAGAAAAAGAAGCGCGAGAAAGCGUACCUGGUCCGUUCCCAGAGGGCAACAGGCAUUGGAAGGUUGAUGGUGAACGUGGUCGAAGGCAUUGAGCUGAAACCCUGUCGGUCACAUGGGAAGAGCAACCCAUACUGCGAGGUGACCAUGGGUUCCCAAUGCCACAUCACUAAGACAAUCCAGGACACUCUAAACCCCAAGUGGAACUCCAACUGCCAGUUUUUCAUCCGAGACCUGGAGCAGGAAGUCCUCUGCAUCACUGUGUUUGAGAGGGACCAGUUUUCACCAGAUGAUUUUUUGGGCCGGACGGAGAUCCGCGUGGCAGACAUCAAGAAAGACCAGGGCUCCAAGGGUCCCGUUACGAAGUGUCUUCUGCUGCACGAAGUCCCCACGGGAGAGAUUGUGGUCCGCUUGGACCUGCAGUUGUUCGAUGAACCGUAGGUAGCGGGCUCGAUGUGCUCAGCAGGGUCCCAGCCCACGGCAGCACAUACUGUCUGAAAAUAGUGUUCCUUUUCUAAGAAACCACCAUCUGGUGUUCAGUCACAGGGAUAUGGGACGGCAAAGACAGGACCCUCAAAGCUCCUAGGAAUAAUUCUCGACAAUCCUCCCUGCCCCAAAAUAAUUUCCUGUUUUAUGAAACUCAGCUGUGUUUUCCUUUGUCCUCACUCCAGAUCUCAUUAUGGCUUCUAGGGUCGCUGAAAUCCCAUAGGUCUCAAAAGAGUGCAGUUGGGAAUCUAGCCCCUUCCCAGGCUUGAGGGAUGGUCUGGUUACUAUAAAAUAGAUUUAUAAAUGCAAUGUCUAUAUUUUUGGAGAACUCACAUAACCCUCCUAUUUCUUACAUCCACCAGUCCCCAAGUAGACUUCUUGGCCUACGAUGCCCAGUCCUUGGUGUGCGUUUAGAAACUGAUGACGGUCCUGUCAUUGCUUCAGAAUCCCAUCUCUCCCACUGGGAAAUGCUGCCUGGAGCUGAUCACUCGGUGAGGCGGUCUGAUCAGGCCCUGGCUUAGCUCUUUCAAGAGCUGGUCUAUGGAAGUUUCCAGUAUGUGCGCCAUUAUAGCCGUUCCUUCCCCUCUAGACCUUGUAUUAAUAUAUGUCAAUGAAAACACACUGGUGCAUUGUUGCGUGGAUUUAGUUCUGAUUGCCAGCAUGCUUGGAAUAUGGUCACAGAAAGUCAUUAUCUAGAAAGUCACCCUGUGCUGGAUCAGGUCACUGCAGGUCACCAGAAAGGCAGCUUGACAACUGUCUCGGUCGGCAGCCAUGUUGGAAAAAAUCCCUUUUGGCUCGGAGGUCCUGUGAUAUUUCAUGCAGCAGGAGUUCUGUGCGUGAAUGCGCUGAAUCCUGACUGUGGUGGGAAAUCUCAACAGCUGUCUUUGGUACGUUCCCCAGAAGCCAUGUCCUAGAUCCCCAAGGCGUGAAAAGGGAAAAUGUCAAGCUAGAGGUUGGGGAAGAAAAUGACGGCAAUCCAUUAUGUGGUGGGGGAAAGACCCUAGGAGCAUGCAAGCCCCACACAUCCUGGGACGAAGACCUAAGACACUUUCCCACCCUCCACCCCAUCCACCCCAGCCUCGCAGCAAUGUGCUUGUUGCGAGAGGCAGGAGUGUAUGACCAUGUGCCACGCUGUUUGGUUUGAGUUCUUUAAUUUUUUUUUCCCUUAAAUGCCAGGAGAUAGUCUGGUUAGUUAGAUAGUGACUUGAUUUGCUAAUGAAAGGUGGGGGCCGUAUCUUGUUCGCAUGUUCAUGUUCUCAUAACCCUAGUUUGUUGUGGUCAUGAAAUGUUCUUUGCAUGUUCUGUAGGUACUGGAGUCUAGCUUUCCUGCAGUAGACGGUCUUCUCUUUGAUUGUCGGUCCUUAGACUUUAAAUAGGGUUGUAAAAGUGCUUUCCAAGUGAUAGCAUCAGCUUCGUGGCAGAGUACCCCCUCUGCUGGGAACUGAAUGUGUAGUGUUAUAAUUUCCCAUGACAGCCCGGUCAUAUUUCAAGCAAUGUUUUAAAAGUGUGUGUUGGAAAGGACAACAAAGUUUACAUUUCAUACUUUAAAGAAAUCCUUAUUAUUUAUUUAUUGAAGAUAGCGUAGAAUUUUGUAUCAAGAACAACAGACAUACGUAUUUUUUGAAACAAGCAGAUAUACCCUUUAGUUAGAAACUUCCAACUGAACAUAUUAGAGACCAAAUUAAACUUCAGGCAUGCAUUUGUUUACCAUUUCCCAGCAGAAAACAUGGUUAAGAUACUUUGUUUAUAUUUUUUGAUGUUGUUAAGAAACUUUUAAAUCUAUAAACAGACAUGCAACUCAUGCUUUCCUAUCUCUCUAACCAAUACAGUUUGUUCAGUGUAUUUAUGAAAGACAUGUUACCAUGACAGAAAAAAAAAGUAUGUGUAAAUGGGGCAGUGUGGGUCUCCAUUCCAAUCUCUUCUUGUUUUCUGUUCGGUCUUUUCUUCAUUGACUUUAUUUGCGUGUUAGUGUUGGUCAUCAUUGUUCGUGUAGGUAGCGUGUGGUAUGCACAAUGACAAACAAUCCUUUUAGGUCCCAGGUCACCCACUCCUAGUAUCCUAUUAUUGGAAUUAAUGUAGCAUGAGAAAGCAUUAUGUGACUCUUUUUCCUCAAGUGACUCUGUUGAGCAUUGUUGAGAAGCUCCUGCUGUGCAGCAAGUUCUGGAUCCGUGUCCUUGUAUUUACUGGUGUUCUUUGUCAUGUGACCAGUCGUGCUUAUGGAUGAGUCUGGCUGGCCCUCGGAUCCAGCUGUGAUUCAUGACAUGCGGUUGAGUUGUGUCAAGGGGAUUGAGGAACAUGGGUGAUGCAUGGAGUCUCAAACCCUCGGGUCCCACUGUUCCUUCACCUCUACCUUCUUGAUCAUCUGGGCUAUAUUUCCUAGAAAUUAAAUGCCCCUUGCCAACAAGGAGUCUGUCUCCUAGCUCUGUUUUCUAGAUAUAGGAGUUCUCUAGGCCACUGCAUCCUGGCAUCCUGAUUCCAGCCUUUUAAACACCCUUUAAGUGCCCCUCUGCUGUGAACUACACUGCUAGCUCCUCCCGCGGACGCUGAUUUCCUUCAGCCCACAAAGGGGCUGUCCUGGUCAUAGGGUUACCCAGCGACCCUCAGUCAUCCCCGAGAACUGAACUACCCCGGGACCUUUUGGGCUGAGCCUUCUUCAGCAGCUCUCUAGAAGGGAGAGUUCACAUCCCAGUCCCUCUGGGGCAGGGCCUCUUUGGCUGCUGGCAUCAUCCUGGCAGGUAGAGGGACAGCAUCGUCUCCUGGAACCAGGUUCACUGUGAUCAUUACAGCCUGAAGAUGUGGUUCAUUCAGAUCCAGGCCUGGCCUAAUGUGGAAAGAGGGACCUUUCUAGGUGCAGGUCACCAGGAAUGCUUGAGAAACUAGAGCCAGAUUUCCUUGUUUGUUUGGUUAACAUGUCCCUGUCCUCUGACAGCAGAGGAAAAAACUCUGUGCCCAAAUAACAUUCAUGUAAGAUAAGGCAUUGUUUUUUCUUCUUUGCUCUUUAAACAACCUAAAGUAUGGCCUAAGUGUAUGAAAGUAACUGAUUUCAUCUAGAGCAGACCUGAAUUUAACUGGUGAAAAGAAAUCCCAUCAGAAAAUGAGUAAACUGACCACCCACAUUGUGUCUUAUCUCGGUGACCUUGUCCUCCAUGGGUGUAUUCUGGGGUGGCAGAGGAGUCAGGUGCUAGCACCAGCAGGGAAGGACAAUUGCAGGUCUGCCUUCCAAGGCUGAGCAGGCUGGCUGUCUCUCCAGCAGCUGGCUAGGACAAGUGUAAGGCCACUGACCACACAGAACGAGGAUGUUCUAGAAUCCGAUGCGGCUGAAGAUAAAGGGAAAAAUGGACAAGGCACUUCUGACUUCACUGGAAAGGAGGGGCUCCUGGAGUAUAUUUUGGAAAAGGCCAGUACUUUGUUUAGGCAGAAAAAGACUUCUCUAUCUCCUACAAGUUGUUUUUUUCUAGUUGAUUGGGCCUUUUUGAUUGAUAAGAAGAAAUUGUGUUUUGUAUGUGUGACGACUUUAAGAAUUUCUGUUGGAAACAUAAAAUAUGAUUUGAUCUGAUUUGGUUUGAUUUGAUUGCUAAGUUCUCCGCUCCUCUUCAAGGUUAGUGAUGUGCUUCAUAGGAGACACUAGCACUUUUACAUGAACAUCUGGUGUCCUUCGGAUAUAACAGGGUCCUUUUGGGCUUGAGGUGAGUGUGCAAUUAGCAAUGGGUCUGCUUGGUCCAGAUAGCUUGUUUGCAAGUUUAGAGCAUCCUAUGCUGGAAGGUGGGAUGAAAACAAAUGCACCUGGAUGGCUUUGUCUUGUUUCUAGAUAGAAGAGCUUAAGCUCACACCAGGCAGAAGCAUGACCUGUAGCCCUAGAAACCAGUGGCGUGACGAGUCCUCAGAUAGUGUAGUCUGAGCCACCAGAAGAGGCAUCAGGGAAAACUAACACCUCCUUCUCUUUGCACCCUAGGGUGCUGAAAUGCCUGCUAGAGACUUUCCAGGAAUGGCCCACGGGCUGCUUAGUGUCUAGUUACGAUGUUCAUUCCCUCUUUUUCCUUGGAGUGGCCCAGUGAGACCAAAUGCUUGUGUUUUUCUUUGUUUCCAGUUCAUUCGUUCAAAUGACACAGAAGACGAAUCCACUUCUGGGAAGGCGGAGCUCAGAUGAGGAUUGAUGGGCAGCCUUUGUUCUGGGCAGAUCUCAGGGGCAGAAACAGGCUUGUAUUAAGUAUAAGUGGCAGGUGCUUUCCUAGAACAGCCCUAACCUGCACUGGUGAGGUAGGGUCAGGAAUUGCCACACAGGAACCAAAACAUGGAUCUAGUGGCCUCCUGCACACAGACCCUCCGUUCCUUUUAAGGAUGUUCAAUGUUUGAUAAAAUAGGGCCAUUUUCUUUUCUUUCUUUUAUCCCCAGCUACAGUGUAAUUGCCUACCUGCCUGGGCCCCUUCUAGAGGAAGGUGGGCUUUCCUUGUUCAUCAGGCUGCACUCAGGAGGUGAUACUGUAAAGCAGCAGAAAAACUGAGGGUGCAAAGAACGCACAGCUGCCCCUCAGGGGGCAGCUCCCUCAAGCUCUUCUGCCCAGUAAUGUUACAAGCUUAAGAGGAGCCUGAUUAGAGCCCUCUUAAGGGCUCCUUGACCUCAGUUAAUCCACCUGCUUUGGCCUUUGGGGACCAAGGAAUGUAUUCCCUGCAACUUCUUCUUUCUAGGGGCCCCUCAGGUCAGCCCAUUCCAGGAGAAGCAGCCUUAGGCCCGUUUGCAGUUUGCACCCCCUGCCACUCCCAUGUGCCUGCCAGCCUGGUCUCCGAUAAAGACAUGGCUCAGUCCCCGCUCUCCUUGUUACAGUGGCUUGUACUUCCUGUGAAGUAGCCCAGGGCCCGCCUUCUAGAGGGAAUAUUUCCCUCAAGCCCUUGGAUAUUUUUAUUCUAUUUCGAAUGGUCCCGAUCGAUAACCAUUGCUUUGUGUGGGGUUCUUCAAAGAAAUAAUGCAGACCAGCCAGGCAUGGAGGCUCACGCCUGUAAUCCCAACACUUUGGAAGGCCAAAGCAGGUGGAUUAACUGAGGUCAGGAGUUCGAGACCAGCCUGGCCAACGUGGCAAAACACCAUCUCUAUUAAAAAUAGAAAAAUUAGCUGGGCAUGGUGACAGGCACCUGUAAUCCCAGCUACUCCCGCUGAUGCAGGAGAAUUGCUCGAACUCAGGAGGCGGAGGUGGCAGUGAGCUGAGAUGGUGCCACUACACUCCAGCCUGAGUGACAGAGAGAGACUCCUUCUCAAAAAAAAAAAAAAAGAACGAAUGCAGACCUCUUCUUGCUGGAUCUGACUCCGAGGAAGUAAUUGGCUGGUCAACUUAAUAACACCCUACAGCUUCCUCUUUCUGAGUAAGGAUCUUGCUUCUUGGUACUUGGAAAGCAGUUGUUUAUUUGAGCUAGAGGAAAGGAAAGUUCUAGAACUCCUGUUUCCUCACCCUGCGCUGUAUCAGAUCCAGGAUAUGUCUGCAGGUCAUCAAGAUCCACUAAGAUACAUAACUUCAUAUCAGCAGCAGCCAGAGGAAAAAAAUCAGUUCCUGAUGGGCGUGGGAGCUUAGUCCACAUGAAAGAAAACAUGUAACAGCUGUCUGUCUUGGGAGCCUUAAAACCCAGACACCAGCACACUAGACAAUCCAUCUCUGGGUUGUGAUCGCUCAGAAACAUCUCAAUAGUUAAUGUACUGUUCAUUUAGGGAGUCCCCAUCCUGGUCCAGGACACCUUCUAAGAAGCUGAGAGCCAGCUCGGAUGGGCCUGCCUUAGUGGCAUUCCAAGCUUAAUUGCAUUGGGUUGGUGCAAAAGUAAUUGCGAUUUUUGCCAUUGCUCUUAAUGGCAAACUAACUUGAAGUCAUUAAAAUAACACCCAACGCUUAUUUUAAAAAUUUCACAUCGACCUUCCAGUAACUUCUUUAGUUCGGUGCAGCCUCAGUCAGUUCCUCCAUUCAAAGGAACCCUCUUUACCCUAGCCCUGGGGGAGCCAGAUUAUAACCACAUAAUGAUGUUUUUGACACUAUGUGUGCUUGUCAUAUUUCAGGGUCAGUUUCCCCUACUGGAUGUCAGGGGUGUUUUGUGAGUCGUGAGUUAAUAGGAUUCUGUUCUAUUUUCUGUGCCAGCCUAUAUUGUUAGUAUCGUCUGCCUAGUAUGAAUAUUUUAGUGUUCAAAGCCCACCAAACAAAGCUGUGUUCAAAAGUGGACUUAUUUCGUCAGCCUUGAAAAAAAAGUCAGCGUUUCUCCGAUAUUUCCUGAGGAUUAACCAGAAACUAAGGUUUCUUUUUAGGCAGUGGAAAGAAUGCAUAUUUUCUUCUUCCAGAAGCUCUGGUUUUGUACUUUUGUCUUUUGAAAGAGUAACAUUCCUUUGCUUGGUCUUUGCAUUUCUCCUUUUUUCACUCAAAUCUCUUAUUUCCUGCCGUUCCUUUAUCUAAACAGAAUGGGGGCCUCGGGCAGACAGGAAUUAAAGAAAGGGUGGUGGCUUUGCAGCUGGGUGAGGAGCAGCGGCUGACGUUCUGCACUGUCACCGCGGGGGGUGGAGGGUCUCCCUGGAGGAGGAGGAAACUCGCUGGAGGAAAUUCGCUGUUUUCACUGGCGGAUUUCAAGGUGCCGGCUCCACCUACCGCAGCUGCUUGGAGUUGCUCUUGUAGAUCGCAGAAGGUGAUGUGGGGUGUAGGGGAAGACAGGAAAACUGACUCAGAGCUAGGAAUGCGGGCCUGGCAGAGACAGAACGCUGGGUGGGAAGGAAGCUCGCGGCGGGCCUGGGGUUCGAGUCUACGCACCAGGGGUUUCCAGUGAGACCUUGCUCUUCCCUACCGCUGGGUUGGGGGCUGCACGGAGGUCCUCAACCUUUCCACUCUUUCUGCAAAUGCUUCGGUGUCUAUCGGCUGGGUGGGCUGCAAGGCAGGCGAACUGGAGGAGGCCCCGCUCCCCGACAAGGGUUCUAGGAGUUCUGGUGUGCUCUACUUGGACUGGAUCAGUCUCUACUUGCAGACUUUGACCUCUGGAACUUUAGAUGGAAGGGAAUUUUUGUUGGUGAGAUGCAGCCGCUCAGUGCGUGGUGUGUGCACGCGUUUGGGUGUGUUUGUGUGUGCGCAUUUGUGCGUGUGUUUGUGCGUGUUGGGUGUUUGCGCAUUUGUGUGUCCGUGUGUCCGUUUGUGCGUGCAUGUUUGUAUGUGUGUGUAGUGUGCUUGUGUGUGCGCACGUAUGAUUGUGUGUGCAUGUGUUUGCGUGUGUGUCCCUGCCUGUUCGUGUUUGUAUGUGUGUGCGUGUGUGUGUGUGUGUGCAUACGCACACUUGAGGGGAUGCAUGGCUCUGUGGCUUGGACAGGGAAACAACGCUUUGCUCCACUGUCCUGUCGUCCUGCUCAGGACUAUUCGUGUGGUUUGUGAAUAGAGUGCAAAAGAAAAUUCAAGGCUCUUUGUUCAGGUGAUGCAGUAUUUCUAGACAGCGACAGGAAAGCAUUAAGCCAAGCUCAGGUCCCUCCUGAGUGCAUGGCCCUGUGUGGUUGCCAGGCCACACACCCAUGAGGCCAGCCCUGACCAUGCUGUUCUUGGCUGGUUCCCAAAGCAGGUGGGCUCUGUCUUAGGUCUUCUUACUUUGAAAGGUCUCCCCGCAGGCUGUGGCGAGCUGGGUGGAUAUAAUUUUCUAAACGUCUGCAUUUAUUUCCUAAAAGCGCAAAUGGCCUGGACUAGCUAGAGGGUGCAGAACCGAGCCCCUAGUUCACAGCCUUCCCCCAAGGCUAGAGAGGGGGUUGCCGGUGGUGGCAGGUGCUCUGGGCUCCCAGUUCAGGGUGUGCCACAGGGCAUCAAGCAGCUGUGAGCCUUUACCAUUGAGCUCAGUGCUUGGAAAUAAAACCCUUCCUCUGGGCCUUCGUCAUCCACAGGGAGCCUUUCUCCCCUUUCUGGGAGGACUGCAAGCCUUUUCCAACCUUCUGCUUUCAAAGAAAAGCAGGGAGGGUCAUAGAAGUGCUCAGUGUCCCUGGACGCUUGCUCCUCCAGCCUUCACCCCCUGGAGAGAAGGGGAGUUUGCGGAGCCAGUGCCUCCCUGCCCAGCUGGGCCACGUGAUCUGGUCUGCAGGUAUCUGGGAGGGACCUGCUUCCAAGAGGCUGUGACUUCCCAGCCAGACUCUCCCCUUAGGAUCCCAUGCAUGGCUUUUAAGUAGGGGAAGGUAGGAGAGAAAAGAACCCUCCGUGUAAGUAGCCUCAAGUUCUAGAAGACUGUGGUCCAGGGAGGCAGUUGACCAAGGAGCUGGGAUUCCUGUUGUUGCUUUCUUUGAGCUUUGACUUGCCCUGGGCUGGACGCCCCAAAACUUAUGCAGUUCCACGUGCUUUUUUGCAGAUAGGUCUCCAUCUCCGUACACACCAAGCAAUAAUCCUGUUUCCUGAUUCUGUAGGGGAUUAUAUUUUCUAAGUAAAAACGUUGACAGAAGGUCGAACAGAAAUUGCAAACUCAUCUCACCUGGAUGUGAUUGAGUCACCGUGAAUGAUAUAACACAUUAUAGCUUCGUUUUCAUGUGUCAUGCAAUCUUCCGGACUAUGGGAAGUUCUGAGAGUGUUCUCCAGGGGCAUUUCAUUAGUGGCACAUCAGCGUUUAGUUUUAAUGAAUGAACAUUUGAGGUACAUUUUAUAAAUCAACAUCCUUAAAGUGUCAUCUGCUAAACAUUCACUGUGACAGAAAGUAGAUAUUUUAGCAAGAUCUAUGUUAAUGCUACCUAAUUGUAGACCUGUGUUUAAAGCAUACGCGGCCAAUGGCCCAAGUAUCUUUGAACUGUGAAAUCAACCUCAGAUCUCGUCUGCUGUAGCCCCGCAAGCCGGUGUCUGUGCCCUCCACAGCCCCUUCUUAUCCCUUGGCCGCCUGCAUAGAUGGGGAGUUGGCCCCCGCCCCCCAUGUUGUAUUGCCUUAGUUCCAUCAGCUUCGUACCCUCACAUGUAUAGGUGGUGAACUUACGUGUAAAUACAUGUGUACAGAUGAGAAACUGCAAUGGAAUCGUCCUGUGGAUGAUGAUCAGCUCACAGUUUCCGGUUUUCUACAUGUUGUGCUGUUUCCAGCUAAGAAAAAUGCGAACUCCCACUACAUAAAGGGACAAAGGGUAUUCAUUUCAUGUUCAUCAUGAAAUCUCCACUGUAUGUUUAUGGAAUGGCCACGACUAAAUGUAUAUAUGGUAUGUAAGAGGCUAUGCUGUUAAAUGUUGCAUAAACUAACACAGAUUCUAUAGUCAAAAAUAUUUAACUUGUUAUUGUAAAAUGUGAUUUGUCAUUGAGAGAUUAUUUUUCUGUAUGUAUAUGAGAGUAUUUUAGGAAUCUAAUUUAAGUGGAUAAAACUAUAGAAAAAAAUUUAAAACCUAUUCCAAGAGUAGAAAAUGCUUAAUCAGAUUACUUGGGUUCAACUCAACUAAAUUUCUUAUAUAUAUAUUUAAACAAAUCCAAGUUGUGUAUGUUAGAAAUUCAAAGGAGUCAUUUCAUUUUCCUGCAGGAAAUAGGAUAAAUUCAGUGUAAUGGGUGGUGGUGUGAUCAGAUGAAAAGUAUUCUGUAACCAUGACCUUGCAGGAGGCCUUGGUGUUGCAUUAAAAAUGGCUGUAUGCACAUCACAUAUCUGAGAGGGCACUGGGUCGGGAAGGAUGAGGGUCGGGAGCCUGUUUUUUAUCAGCUCUACAUGCCACACAGGCUGCCUUGGGUUCUAGCGGAUUCGUUAGGGAUCUGGGGCUGACCCAGCUAUCCCACUAGAGGCUACUCUCUGACUUCCAGGUCACCCUUUCUACUUCUCUAUCUGGAUUGAUUCAGUUUAUCCCUAAUUAGCAUUUGUGUGUUCCAUGAAAUUUCCUGAUGCAUCCUUACCGUCUCUAACUGUUGCACAGCCGGGUGGGUGGAUGGAAGGUUUAGGUUUCUGGGUUAAGCUGUUCUGGGGCAGGCUUCUGGAUGCCCGUAUUCCCAUGGAGACCCCAGCGGGAGGAUGCUUUCUUCCCUUCUCUCCUCCCAGAAAAGGAUCAGGAGACCAGGCUGUGUCUGGAGCACAGACUUUCUGUACCUAGCCACCAGAAGUGUCCCCGUAGGACACCCAAGGAGGAUUCCAUGAAACUUAACGUCUAAACCCCUGAGAGAGGCAUUCAGAGGUGAUUUCAGGAGGGAGCAACCCCAGGAGUCCAGCCUCCCCUGGCAGCCUGGAAAUUCUGCAGUGACAAAAAGAGCUGGUUUCAGUGAUCUGAGCACAUUGCUUUUGGGGGUGAUCACUGUUGGUAGGAAGUUCAGGGCCUGUGGUCUGAAAGGACAUCUGAAGAAUGUGUUAGGUUUUCAAUAUUUCUUUAACAGGCUGCAUGCAUCUUAAUGCUGUCAACCAGCAACUGAAGCCUGUUUUUUGAGGCCUGUGUAAAGCUCCCGACUUCAGGAAUGUGGGAAGCUGUGAUUUCUGGAAGCUUCCUGGAGUCUACUGAGGUAUAUGAAUAAUCUGCUAAUCGCUUAGAGGCACUGUCCAUGUGGUCCAUAAUGGCUUUAUUCCUAGGGAUGGAGCUGUUUAGAGAUGUCUUUGUUCAGGCACAGCCUUGAAAGGCCACCUAAGGCAUGCCAGCAGAGGAGCUCUGGUCCACCCACCCCUAAUAGGCCCUGACUCUCCUUCCUUAGAACCAUCCCUCUGGCUGGGGUGGCAAGAGGGCUGUGAGUGGGAACAAGUCAGCCAGUCAACUGGCCCUUGGGCCCUGGUUGUUUCAAAAAAGUCUGGGGACAAAAAAAGCUAGAACAUGGGGCCCUCCCUGCCCAGGAGUGCUGGCGAACCCUCCCAGGAGCCUUUGCCUGUUUGGAAAAGAAUGUAAUCCACCAGGACGUGAGCUCUUUGUGCUUCCGGUGGCCAGCGGGUCACAGUGCUGGUGGCAUGUUGCUCCCCUCACGGCCCUGCCCAGGGGUAGGACCAGGCCCGCCCCUCAAUGGAUGUGCUGUUGAUUGUAAUAUACUUCUGUUGCCAAAUAAUGGUACUGUUUAAUUUUCCAUAAAAGAGAGACUAUAUUGUCUGAUAUGUAAUGUUAAUGGAAUUCUAAGAAUUGCUAGACACUAUUGUAAAUUGUAGACGUAUGUAUUUGUGUAAGGGGUUGAUGAAGCAGGGCCAAAACAUUUUCCUUUUUUGUUUGUUUGUUUGAAAGAAGCUGAGGUUCCUUUUUGCUGUUUGAGUGUUCCUUUGGCAACUUACUAUGUGUGAAAUGUUAAUUUUACCGGUUCAGAUGAUGGUAACUGAGAUCUUUCUUCAAACCAGUAGCAACAUCAGUACAAAUUGCUAUUCCUGUGUAUCUUGAACCUAAAAAGAACAAUCUCUACAAAAAUAACAAAAACAAAAAACAACUCUUUGGUCAUUUUGACCUGUGUGGUUUAAAUUCAAAUAGUUCAUGAAUAAAAUGAGAAAAGCCAA